AUGGAUCACUGCAACGAAAAACUUCUGCUUGGAUUGGAGGAGGACGAUGCUGAGCCUGCGGAGCAACACCCUCGGUGCCAGCAUGGACCCACGGUUUUGUUCUACCGGCAAUCACAGCUUCCAAGUCAGGGAUACUUCUCCUGUUCCGCACACAGAGAUUCAAAGCUGUGCAAUUUCCACCUACCUGCAGAUCAGUGGACUGGCUAUAAAUCUAAUGAUUUACCUCCUAAAAAGGAAUAUCCAAAGUCCCGCAGUCCACGCGAUCCUAACAUAUUCGAAGAUCCCACCAAAAACCUAACCGCUUUAUCACAGGAUAAGGUUAAUGCUCAGUACUUUUUCGAUGAAGCUGCUGUGGACUUUUUAGUGGAACAGUGCAAAAAUUUGGCCAUAACGAAAGUCGUCUGCAUGGGGGCACCUCGCUUACAUUUUCGCCUCCGGAGUGAAUUCUCAAGCUUCCUCCUCGACUUGGAUGAAAGAUUUGCUGAGCACCUGGAAGCCUCUGAGUUCUGUUUAUAUAAUAUGUGCAAUAAUCACUUCUUCUAUAAUCGCAAGCCUUUCGAAGAAUUCCUGCUGUGUCCCAUGUCCGAAAAAUUGUUAAUAGUAACCGAUCCUCCGUUUGGUUGCCGAACUGAACUGAUUUCGCAUACUCUGCGCUCCCUGAGAAGACUGCACAAUAAAAUUAAUCGGCUGCCAUCUACACCUCUGCCCAUAUUCUGGAUAUAUCCAUACUAUUCUGCUAACCACAUAAAGCAGGAAAUGCCAGAGAUGGAGAUGUGCGAGUACCGAAUAAACUACACGAACCACCUGAGGUACACGAACGUGGGAAAGCAGAGUCGGUUUUGCGGCUCACCCGUCCGCCUUUUUAGCAAUGUUCCCAUGAACUUACUACGGCUACCUCUGGAGGAAGGUUAUAAAUACUGUGAAAAGUGCGACUGUUAUACCGCUCGGGAGAAUCUUCACUGCGAUCGCUGUCAAAAGUGCCCCUCGGUAAACGGCCAGACGUACAGGCAUUGCAAUUUCUGCGACACGUGCGUCAAGCCUAACUACGUGCACUGCUCCAACUGCCGAAGAUGUACCCAACGGGAGGGUCAUGAUUGCUCCUUCUACCAAAGCAAACAGCUCUGCUGGCUAUGCGGCCAAAGAGGUCACAUCGAAACUAGGUGCCCUUAUCUCAAACUGCGAAAAUCCCAGUCUUCGCAACACGGAUGCCUUUUAUGUGGCAAAAAUAAUCACAAAGAACGUACCUGCAGUCUACGACGAAAGUACUUUAAGGAACUGGAGUUUAUGGGUAAAACUGUGACUCAGCGAGUGUAGGAUUUGUUGAUAAUAAUAAAGUUAU